UCGUCCAGAGUUAUCUGGUGUGCUCGGGGCAAUGGCUUGUGCCAGUAAGAUGAUGUUCGCUUCAAUUAUGCAGCAGCAGCACAAGGCCGCUGUUGCAGCGGCUUUUUAUGGCAACGAGCAGCGUCCCUUGCUUCAGACAAGGGUAGCGAAGACGAGCUACAAAGUUUCAGCUGGAAGAGCUCAAGUUUUCGCAGUUCAGGGGCAGCAGCAGCUCACACAGCUUGAGUUACAGCAGCAUCAGCCCCAGCGUGUUUAUACAUUCGGAAAGGGGCUCAGUCAAGGGGACAAGAGCAUGAAGUCUCUGCUUGGUGGCAAAGGUGCAAACCUCGCAGAAAUGUCGAGCAUAGGCCUGUCUGUACCUCCGGGACUUACCAUCACCACAGAAACCUGUCACGACUACUUUGACAACGGAAAGAAAUUCCCUUCUGGCCUGUGGGAGGAAGUUCUAGCUGCACUCAGCGUUGUGGAGCGAGAAAUGAAUGCCUCGCUGGGAAAUCCCACUGCGCCACUGCUGGUUUCUGUACGGUCAGGUGCUGCGUUGUCAAUGCCGGGAAUGAUGGACACGGUGUUAAAUCUGGGGCUCAACGACGAGGUUGCUGCCGGCCUAGGCCAGAUAAGCGGCGAGAGAUUUGCGUAUGAUUCUUAUCGUCGCUUCCUCGACAUGUUUGGUGAUGUGGUGAUGAAUAUUCCGCAUUCACUGUUUGAGCAUGAGCUGGAAACGAUGAAGGCUGCGAGAGGGACAACGCUUGACACGGACCUCACCACGGAGGAUCUUAAAGAGCUUGUUGAGAAAUACAAGGCGGUUUACUCUAAAGCAACUGGCAAAGAGUUUCCUUCUGAUCCAAAAGAGCAACUUAAGCUUGCCAUUGUGGCUGUCUUCGAGUCGUGGAACAGUCCUCGUGCCAUCAAGUAUCGCAGUAUCAACCAAAUCAGUGGUUUGCGAGGCACGGCUGUUAAUGUCCAAGCUAUGGUUUUUGGAAAUAUGGGACUUGACUCGGGUACCGGGGUGCUGUUUACUCGCAAUCCUAGCACUGGGGAAAGGAAGCUCUAUGGCGAGUACCUGAUUAACGCACAGGGAGAGGACGUGGUGGCUGGGAUCAGGACGCCGGAGGAUAUUGAUGUCAUGAAAGAACGCUUGCCUGGUGCUUAUGCGGAGCUAGUGAAGAACUGUGAAAUACUGGAAAACCACUACAAGGAUAUGAUGGACAUCGAAUUCACUGUUCAAUCAAACAGGUUGUGGAUGCUGCAGUGCCGCUCCGGGAAACGAACUGGUGCUGGAGCGGUAAAGAUUGCUGUCGACAUGGUUGGCGAAAAGCUUGUGGACACCAAAACCGCUGUGAACAUGGUCGAGCCUAGACACCUGGACCAGCUCCUUCAUCCUCAGUUCGAGAAUCCUGCUGCAUACAAAGAUUAUGUCAUAGGUUCUGGUCUUCCUGCUUCACCUGGUGCCGCAGUCGGGCAGCUCGUUUUCAGUGCCGAAGAUGCAGAAGCCUGGCAUGCUCAAGGGAAAAGCUGUAUUCUGGUAAGAAACGAGACGAGUCCAGAAGACGUUGGAGGCAUGAAUGCUGCCGCCGGCAUUCUUACUGCACGCGGAGGGAUGACGUCUCAUGCUGCUGUUGUUGCCCGAGGCUGGGGAAAGUGCUGUGUUGCUGGAUGCUCGGAGCUUCGAGUGAACGACGCACAGAAGACAAUGUCGCUGGGAAACACGGUACUGAAAGAAGGUGACUGGAUUUCGUUGAAUGGGACAACGGGCGAGGUUAUUGUGGGAAGGCAGGAUUUGUCGCCUCCGGUACUUAGUGGUGACCUUGAGACUCUCAUGCGCUGGGUUGAUGAUUAUCGGAAGCUCAAGGUUAUGGCCAAUGCCGAUACUCCUGCGGAUGCGCUCACUGCUAGAAACAACGGUGCUCAAGGUAUCGGAUUGUGCAGAACAGAACACAUGUUCUUUGCUUCAGAUGAGAGGAUCAAGGCUGUGAGGCAGAUGAUCAUGGCAUCCACGCUCGAACACAGGCAAGCAGCUCUGGACAAGCUUCUACCAUACCAACGAUCAGACUUUGAAGGAAUUUUUCGCGUCAUGGAUGGUCUUCCGGUCACCAUACGUUUGCUUGAUCCUCCAUUACACGAGUUCCUUCCCGAAGGUGACAUUGACGAGAUUGUGGAAGAGCUUGCUGCGGAAACUGGUGUCCGCGAGGAAGAUGUUCUACUUCGAGUUGAAAAGUUGUCCGAGGUGAACCCGAUGCUGGGUUUCCGAGGCUGCAGGCUGGGAGUUUCGUAUCCGGAGCUUACAGAAAUGCAAGCUCGUGCCAUCUUCGAAGCGGCUAUAGCAAUGUCCAAUCAAGGCGUUAAAGUCCACCCUGAAAUAAUGGUUCCUCUUGUGGGGACUCCUCAGGAACUCGGAAACCAAGUUUCUGCAAUCCACGGUGUAGCGGAAAGAGUCUUCUCGGAAGUUGGCAAAAGCCUGCCAUACAAGAUUGGAACUAUGAUCGAAAUCCCUCGGGCAGCACUCGUUGCAGACGAGAUUGCAUCACACGCGGAGUUUUUCUCUUUCGGCACCAACGACCUGACGCAAAUGACGUUUGGCUAUAGCCGAGACGACGUGAGCAAGUUCUUACCCGUCUACCUCUCGCAAGGCAUUCUACAGCAUGAUCCAUUCGAGGUUCUUGACCAGAGAGGCGUCGGCCAACUUAUCAGCAUUGCGACCGAGCGAGGCAGAAAAGCCAGGGAUGGCUUGAAGGUAGGAGUUUGUGGAGAGCACGGUGGGGAGCCCAUGUCCGUAGAGUUCUUCCAUGAAGCGGGUCUAGACUACGUUUCGUGCUCGCCUUUCAGAGUGCCAAUUGCGAGACUUGCUGCUGCGCAGGCAGCUACCAAGAAGUAGAAUCGCAAGGAAUUCAUUCAUGAAACUCUACUGACACUAAAAACUAUACAUACUGUAAAUAAUCUGCACGAACCGUGAUUGUAAAUGACUGGUGUUUAUUUGUU